AUGGGUUCCAGCAACAAGAAGAAGAAGGAGAAGAAGAAGGACUUCCAGAAACCAAAGUUCAAGGUUGGAAAGGAUAAGGCAAAGGCCUCCAACUUUACAGACACAAGUUUCAAGUCAAAAGCCAUUGUGAUGGGACACCAGUCCCUCUCAACAGUCGCACCAGAUAUCGUCCAGCAGUUCAAGCAUAGUCUAUCACUCGCCUCUGGAUCUAAAUCCGACAAGCAACGACGAGAAGCAUUGGCCUACCUCACAAGCCAACUCUCAUCAGAACCACCUACCAACCCCGUGGGGACUCACGCUGUUCUCGCCAAGCUACUCCCUCUCAUCUCCGACAGCUCGACGCCAGUACGAAGCCAACUCCUCAAACUUCUUAGAGUUCUCCCCCCGGCAGAAGUCAGGCACAGUGUGGAACAGGCCAUCAUGUUCAUUCGAGCAGGCAUGACGCAUCUUUCAGCCGACAUUAGCAACGAUUCUCUCGGGGUGAUGGAAUGGCUAUUGGACGUCGCCGAGGGUGACUUGGUUGUAUGUCCAGGAGGGUGGGUGAAGACGCUCAACAGCUUCUGCGCCAUGAUGGGAUGGGCAUUAUCAUCGUCCAAGGCUGGAUGGUCGUCAGGGUUGCGGUCCGGUCUUCGUCCCAAGGAUGCUUCAACAUACGCCCGUCAGAUUACCACACUAUCACGAUUCAUCGAGGCUGGCCUUCGACAUGAGGAUGAGAUACCGGAUGACGAAUCAGAAAUCUGGGACAACUUGUACAGAAUCCCCCGAGACUCGAAUGCUUUUGAAUAUCUGAACCUGUACGGUUCCCGACGCGACGAGGAGGGCGAGAUGUAUCCAAGCCGAGAAGCCAGACAGCGAGUGUUCCAGCGGAGGUUCUUGGAAGCGAUAAUAAAAGGUGCCGACCAGGCGAAGAAGGAGGGCGGCGCAACUGGGCGUGCAGCGGCCGGUCUCGACAAAGUGCUAGAAGAAGGGAUGGGUGACUAUGAGAGCUCGACGGCGAUGGAUACCCAGGAUCUGUUAAGUCUUUGGUAA